AUGUACACGGUGCCUAAUAUUUUAAAAAUUAUCAUUCUUCUUUCUACAAUAGUGCUCAUAUCAAUAUUUCUUUACUAUCCUGCAAUUCAAGUGCCAGGACCUACAGUAACAUUGCUUAUAACACCUAAUGAGACCACUACGACCACUGUAGCAACGACGACAACUACGGAAGCUGCUCGAGCUUCCAAUGAGACUUCGAUAAACCUUGAAGACGAAUUUACAAAGCAGAUUAAGUUUAUUUAUAAAAGCGAGAAGGAGCCGGAAAUUGUGAAUGAGACUAUUAUCAGAAUUUCGCUCAAGGAUGAGCCCGAGUUUGCAAUUAAUAGCAAGAGAAGUUGUCCGAUUGAGGAAUGGAAUAAUGUGACGACAAACUCAAUACCAAAUGAGGAGUUGCAUAAAGAUUGGAUGUCGAGAAAAAUUGGGUUUCAGUACAAGUAUCUUUACAAUACAGCUCCUGGCGUUUUGGCCGCAUUCGCUUACAAGGAUCAUAUAGUGGUUACGCUGACCGCCGAGACAUUUUACGGAAAAAAAGUGUAUUGCCGGUAUUACGAUUGCCGUCGACGCGAGAUUCCCAAUCAAUUCGAGAGCUACGUCUUCCCAGAGGCCACGGUAUUCUGCGCUAGAAGACCUGGCGCUGAAUACAUUUCGAUUAGUGAGACACUUGAGAAGAAGGCCGAAUACUCGGUGCCAAUUGUGCCGAGAAUUAACGUCAAACACUUUUUCACUGUCUGCAUGGCAACCUUAUACGGAAGCGAGCCGAAAUUCUUGCAAAUCGCCGAUUUUAUUGAAUAUUACAAGCUUCAAGGCGCCACGUUCUUUCAAAUUUAUUUGAGAAAUGUUAGCGAUUAUGAUCGGAUGCUUCUCGAUGAUUAUGUGAGAACCGGGGAGGUUGAAAUAAUUAAAAUGCACGAUCAUUUUUGGAGAGAGGAUUUCAUGUGGCAUCAUGUCCAAAUUAAUGACUGCCAUCAUCGAAACAAGCAUUUCGCCAAAUGGACAGCGGUGAUCGAUGUCGAUGAGAGGAUUGAGAUGAAGGGCGAAAUCAAGACUGUUGGCGAAUAUUUGGACACGAUCACAGAUCCGAACAUUGCAAAUUUGGUGUUCCGGGUUCAAUGGGUUCAGAAGACGGAAUUCUCGCCGGCGAGAUAUGUCGAUGAUGCGCAGCUGACGAAUGAGAUGCUCUUUAGGAAGUUCACGAACACAUCGCAGAUAGGGACCAUUGAAAUGCAACCGAAAUGCAUUAUUAGGCCUGAGAAGGUUGGAGUUAUGGAUAUUCACAACCCUCAGGUGAUGUAUCAAGGAAUUCGGAAUACCUAUGUGGAAUCGAAUGUGGGAAUUGUUAGGCACUAUCGCAAUGUGAGCCCGGGAUCCUUGGGUAGACGGAAUGUGGAUCGAAUGAACAGUCACGGCCCAUUUAUGGAGACUCACAUCGCACCGUGGAUUGAAGAGAAGCUUACCCGAGAGAUUUUGGAUCGCGUGAAUCAUGUCUAUAAUAUCAAGGAAGCUUCAUGUGGUGAGAAGCAGUAUGUUCUUUGGCUUCAUGGAUUAGAAGCGCCGUGUUGGCGGGAGCUCGUCGAUCAGCAAAAAGUGCAAUUAUUCGAUUUUAAGCAGUUCAAGCCGGCUUCAUAA